AUACUAAUUUCUGUGAAUAUUUUAAAGUAUUGGCAAAGAAAAGUAAAACUUGUAAAAAAUUUUAGACAGCAGAAGAAAUUGCACAAAUUAAUUCAUAAAUAUGGCUAUGAUAUUACCUGAAUUGUACAACCAAUGCAACAACUUAACAGUAUCCACCACCAAAGAUCAUCUGGCCAAGUAUAAAGGUCUAAUUAAAUGGAAAAACGAGGAAUCCAUCAUGGAACUGGGGGUUGGAGAUGGCAACUGUUCGAUGUACUGUCUACAGCCCUUUUUGCCGAGCCGUUACAAGGAAUUUGUUGCCAUGGAUAUCUCGGAAGCUAUGUUGGAGUACGCGAAAAAUAAUAUCAACCUGCCAAAUGCUAGGUUUGUUCAAUGUGAUGUUGGAAGUGAAGAAAUCGAUGAUGAGUUUAUUGAAAAGUUUGACCAUAUAUUCAGUUUUUAUUGUAUACAUAUGAUAGAGAAUAUAAGUGAAGCCUUUAAAAACCUCUACAAGAUGUUAAAACCUGGUGGGCAAAUGUUUCUCACUGUUAUGGAAUACAGUUUAGCAGAUAUGGCCUUCCACAAAUUGAGCGAGGUACCACGAUGGGAGAAAUACGGGAAACGUACUACUGUCUCGCCGUUUUACUAUAGUGAGAGUCCCAAAGAAGAAUAUAUAAAACUAUUGCAAACUGCAGGAUUUAAAAAUUAUGUUCUUGAGACCGAGAGAAUCGAUUUUGAACUUGGAGGAGAGGAUAUGUGGCAAAAACUGUGUAUUGCCAUAAAUCCACUAUUACCAAAAAUAGCAGCUGAAGAAUUAGAAGACUACAAACUAGAAUAUCUAAACCAAUUACGUAAAAGCACCUCAUUUUCUUUUAAGAAUAAUAAUUCUAAUAUAAGUACCAAUUUUAAUAUGUUUAUUAUUGUAGCAAAUAAAAGUUGAAAAUUUUAAUUUA